AGGCUGGAAAGGAGCGCUCAUUGAUGAUUCUCAGCAGAAGCCCACUAGAGGGCAGAAGCGGGAGUUGUGCCAACCACUGGGAAAGGGGCAACCAGGCAGGGCACCACCCCUGCUGGAGGAAGGGACGCUGAGUUGGCCUGGCUGUGGAGGAUGAAAGAUGGAGUGGCCAGGCCCUCCCCCUACUAACCUCAGCCCUCAUCCCUGUCUAUAGGGGCUGACUCAGCCCAUCCCAGGCCUAGAACCUUCCCUUUGCUAGACCCUGGGGCCUUUUGUCUUUGUAGUCAUGAGGCCUGAGGGGGGUGGGGACAGUGUUGAUAAAAGGCACCAAAGGCAGCUCCCACACCCUCCCUCAGAACUGCUGCCGGCAUGCAGCCCCAGCCCCGGACACAGCCCCUAGCCCAAGCCCUACCCUUCUCCCUUGGAGGGGCCCUGCGAGACACCGGGCUCCGGCUGCCUGUCUUUAAGAUGGGCACAGGGUGGGAGGGCUUGCAGCAGACCCUGAAGGAAAUCGCUUACAUCCUCCUCUGCUGCUGGUGUAUCAAGGAACUGCUGGAUUAAUGGCGACAGGAACUGCCUCCUCUCCCCACUGGCACCAUGGCUGGCAUCACUCAGGUGGGCAGGGUAGGGCAAACCAACAGGAGGCAAGGAUGCAGCUUCUGCAGCAGAACUUGCCUCUCAACUUCCCAUUCUCUUCUUUAGCACCCAGCCAACCCCCAUCAAGACGCCUGGGGCCAGCUGUGCCUGACCAAGGAUGGGCCACAAGAGUGAAGAGUGAAGUGUGGAUCCUGCUUUGAGUUGUGCCAUCUGUCAGGCCUGCCUCAUCUCUGAGCCUCCAUUCCCAGCCCCCACCUCCGGGGAACCUCUGGUAGGCAGGAGCUUGGCCUGCUGGCCAGGACCCCAAUAAGAUGGCAGCAGGACCUGGUAUUCCUCCAAGCCUGGCACAGUGAGCCCACCAGUCCAGAUGGUUGAUCUUACCAUACUCUCAGUACCAGAAAUGGACCACUCCCUAAGAUAUCUGUUUGAGAAUCACUGAAUUUACAUGCAAUAAAUAGGCCUUGAGGCCAAAAGUUCUCAAUGUCUAAAAGGGAAUUAGAAAAAGCACUGGAAGGGUCUUGGAGCCAGGAUGCAGACCACGGAGGGAAGGAGCUUGUCCUGCAUAGAACUGAGAUUGAAAACCAGGUUUUCUGACACUGGUGCCUGGGUGGGGAGGGUAGAGGGCAGAAAGUCCAGGUUGCUCCUAACCUGUGGGUAGGGAGAUAUCCAGCUUUGGUGAGGUCUUCUAAUGUGAGGCCCAGGGUGUUGAGAUGGAACCCAAAGGACCCAGCCCUUUCCCAAAUAGAAAACCAGGUCUAGGCAGCUCCUUGCCUCUGAGGAUCUUGGGAAAAGCACAAAGCUGAUACUGGUCUGCAGCUCAUGGAGGAAAUAGAGCACCAUGAGCUACAAGAGCUCUCAGCUUUUAACAAAGUUAAAAGAGAAAGGCGCCUUGUCCCUGAGGCUUAUCACAGCACAGGCCUAUCAGGACCUAAACAGCCCAGCUGAGCAGAAUUCAUUCCUCACUUUGCCUUAGUAGCCACCACUACCUGCUUCCCCCGAAUUACCCCAGUGGUGUGUACACAUCAGCUGUGUAUAUCAUCUUGCUCAUGCUUACUGCUGUUUCCAGCCACAGCCCCCAAGCCUCAGAGCCAGCCAUGGGACUUAUUUAGCAUUAUCCUGGGGUCCCCAUCUAGCAUUCUCUGAUCCCUCUUGGGGCUCAGUUAUUGACUUCCAACCCUUUCUCACUGGAGCACCAGCCUAGAGGUAAUGUAUGGGUCCCUCUCUUACCCUCCCUGAGACCAGCUCUUCCUUAGCCUUCUUAGUUAACUCCUUUCUCUCUGGCUUCUUUUUGUAAAGUAACAUAUGCCUAGAGUAUAGAAUUCUAAUAGCAAAAAGUAAGUCUUCACAGCUUUCCUCAACCUCCCAGCUUUCCUCACUGGAGGUAACCAUGAUUACCAGUUUCUCAGAGAGCAUCAUAGAAAUGGUCUGUGCAUAGAAUGCAUCUUCAUUCAUUCAUGCAACAAAUACUGAGUGUGUACUAUAAGCCAGUCUGGGUGAUUUGAAUACAGCAGUGAAAAAAAUAGGUCUUUAUAGUUAUGGGCUUACAUUCUAGUGGGUAGAGACAGAAGAUAAACUAUAAACAUUUUUUUUAAGUAUACAGAUGUUAUUAGGUAAUAGGUAGCCUAGAAAAAAGAAAAAGUUGAGUGGGGACAGGUCAUGAGAGUCUAAAUAAGAACCUGAGCUUUUAUGCUGAGUGAAAUGAGGAACUAUUGCAGGAUGUUGAGCAUGAAAUGAUUUUUUUUUUAUUUAAAAGGCUCACACUGGCUGCUGUAUUGAGAAUAAACUUUAGGGGAACAAGGGUAGAAUAUGAGACACACAUUAGAAGGUAAUGGGCACCAUAUCCACCAGACACAUUGGUGGCUCAGGCCAUGCUUAUAGACACAACAGUAGUGAGAAGUGGUUGGACUCUGGACAUACUUAUUCUUCCCAGUUGGUUAACAUACUCUACACACUGCUCUGCACCUUGAGCAGGAUUCAGGAUUCCACAUUAGUACAUUUAGAGCCUGUCCAUUCUUUUUUACAGCAGCUUAGUACUCUGUAGUACUCUGAUUUGAGAUUAUUUCUUAUUCCUGGCAACUCAGUGCUCCCUCUUUAGGCAUUCACAAAAACCAGGUCAGUGCUCUUGCCUGGUCCCUUCAGAGCACUCACACUUGCCUUGGGCACAGCAGUAAGGGGGAAGGUCCUGAAGCCAACCAGGGAGAGGUUAGUGAUCAAGGUAGUCACAAAAUUCACCUUCCCAUCUGAAUGUGGGGCUCCUCUCUCCCCCUCCUAGCCUGCACCCUGCUUGGCCACCUCAAGCCCUUCCCUGAUUCAGGUCCUGGCAUACUGCCUUCUUUUCUUUUCUUAGACUCCACUCCCACCAGGCUGGACAGUGCCUGGAGGUGGCUCCUGAGCCUGAGGUCUGGGCACAAGGGCCUUUGCCGAGGAAGGGGAUUUCUGGCAAAGACCACUGGGGAAGUAGUGGGUGGAAGAAGGCAGAGCACAGGGCUGUGGCCUGUGGUGAGAUGGGUUGGUGGAGAGCUGGAGGGGGCAGAGACUGCCAGUGGCCCAAGGAAAGUAUCAGAGUGAGAAAGAGCAUUGACAGUGGAAAGACUAGGGAGAGGGAUGAGAACAACAAAAAACUCAUAUACCAUUCUGAGGGCCCUUUCCACACUACAGAAUGCUUUGAGCCUCACAAAAGUCUGCUUCAAAAGUAGGCAGGACAAGUAAUUAUCCCACGGUAAUGUGAAGGAAACAUGCCCAGAGAGGUGAAGUGAUGUGUCCAAGAUCAUACACACAGCACACUGCAAUGUAGUAUUUAGUGAACCCAGAUUUUCAGAUCUCAAAUUAAGAGUUUCUCCUUAUAGCCUGCCUUCCUCUUCUGAAUUGGUGUUUGUAUAGGGAUAAUGGCCUAAAGUGGCUUGGGAGGCAAAGCCACAAAAGCAAAGGUGUAAACAGAUACCACUCCCUCAUUCUUCACUCACCCAUUCCAUGAUGUGCCACUUUCCCACCUCUAUUCUAAGCUCCCCUUGUCCUUGGUCUCUUAGCUCAUUUGGGGGUCCCAGCUACAGCCUUUUCACCCAAUCCACACAGGCCAGACCUUUUCUGGCCCACAGUUCCCCACUCAUCUAAAAGGGGGAAAAAUGUGAUGAUUUCCCCACAAGUUUCUCUCCCCAACUAGAGCAACUCAGGUUUUGAGCGUCCAAACUACUCCCUCGGUAGCUCACCUGGGGUUGGGGAGACAGAGAAGGGAGAGCAGGGUGCCAAGAUAGAGAGGGAUGGGUAAGACCUCACCUACCCCUUGGUGCCCCGAGACCUCUAGUGGCCACAAAGGGUAAGGGACUGGGUGGGGUAGGAAUGGAAGAGACAAGGUGGAUGUGCUGAGUGACGACCCCCAAGUACGACAGCAAGGCCUGAUAUCCAGGAUUCCUGGUGGAUUUCAUCCGAUAGAGCACCCUCGGUGGCAUGUGAGAAGCAAGGGGAAGAGACGAGUUAAGACUAAGGGGUCUGAGAAGCUGUGUGCAGUAAAUAAACUGGAUAUCAUAGGAAUACUCUCAGGAGGGUCCCACGUUUUCCCAGCAACACGAAGAAGCGGACGAAAAGUGAAUGUGGCGAUCAUUUUACUGCAGGCGCCAGAGCUCCGACCCCCACGGGCAUAGACUCUUAUUUGCAUCCUAUUUGCAUUUAGCUUGCAUGUGAGUUGUUUCCCCUUCAAUUGACACAAUUCCCCACCGCCUUUCUCAGUUAUUCUCAGACUCCAGAGUCUUGACCAGCCUCAGAUUGUACCCAUUCCUCCAGAUAAUCUAGGGUCCCUCAGUACCUUUCCAUCAUUCGCCUUCAGCCCUCUACCUACCCCAGCUUCAAAGCAGCGACCCUAAACUAACCUAGCCGGCUGGGUGCGAGGAGCCGAGAGACCUGCGCCGCCUGGCGGCUGGUCAGAGGGAGGCUGAGGGCGAGGGGUUCUGUUUCGCCUUCUCUGGGGACAUGGAGUUUUGGAAAAUGUUCCCCGGAGCUUCCAGAAGCUAAAUUUACCUCCUCCGGCCCUUUGGGGGCAGGAGGGGCGCA